AGGCAGAAGGUGCAAGCGGGGCCCAGGCAGAGCUCUGGGUCCAGCUGGCAUCGCACUCGCCGGUGGAGGUCGCAGGGCCGAGGAGCCGGGGAGCAGGACCAUGUGGCUGCCCCCAGCUCUACUCCUUCUCAGCCUCCUAGGCUGUUUCUCCAUCCAAGGCCCGAAGGUGACGAGAGGCCUUGAGGGGGGCUCGCUGACCGUGGAGUGUCGCUACAAGCCAGGGUGGGAGACCAACAGGAAGUGGUGGUGCCGGGGAGCAGACUGGUAUGAUUGCCAGAUCCUCAUUCAAACCACAUCAUCGCAGCGAACGGUGCAGGGGCCCCGGCUGUCCAUCAGCGACAACCAGAGGGACCGCGUGAUCUCGGUGACCAUGUGGGGCCUCCGGCGCGACGACCAGGGCACCUACUGGUGCGGGAUCAAAAGGUUGGGCACGGACCGUGGGACACGAAUUCAAGUGAUCGUUGUUGGCCCAGAAAACCUGUCAUCCUGGACGACCGCCAACAGCACAGGGGUGUCCUCUGGCUCCCGCGUCCGGAACUACUACCUGCUCCUGGUGUUCGUGAAGGUGCCACUCUUACUCGUCGUGGUCGGCGCCAUCCUCUGGCUGAAGGGGCCCCCGAGGGUCCCCGAGGAGCAGUGGGAGCAGUCCAUCCACACCAACCUGGCCUACGAUCUCGCCGGAGACGCUACCCCUUAGACAGACGGACAGAGGAGAGACACUUGGGGCGCUGGACCCCGUUUCCAGAGGAGACCCGGGCUGGGAGGCACGCUCCUGCGAGGGUCCCCCAGUCCCCUGCCCGGCACAGCCAGGUACAGGGCUCGGACCCUCCCGACUGGGCAGCGCUGCUGGAGGGACACACCUGUUCCCACUUCUCCGGAUAGAACACAGCCCGGCCCUCCCAGCCCAGCUGGGUCCACUGAUGGUCAGCAGCUGUGGGAGGGAGCCCACGUUGGGACAGUCGUGUCCUCACGGGAGGACCUCAGCACAGAGCUGGGGAGUGAAGCGCAGAGAGAAAUGACAGGAAUGUGCCAGAAGGAGAGACAGGGCCAGUCCCCGGUUCCGGCCGGUCCUGGGGCCAGCUCCACACCCUGUGCCUGCUCUUCUGAUAUAAGUUUAGGGCUUUAACCUCUUCCUGUAGCUAAUCAGGUUGGGUUUCGAUGGCUCUUUCCAUGAGCGCACUGACUGAUACACACACAGGGACAGGAGUUUGCGGGGUUCCUGGUCUGGGGCCUGAGAGACUGGACGUCCCCUGGGCCUGGGGAGGACACUGCUCCGAGUUCACGGGGCUGAGGAGGGUCGGAGAGCCCAGGGCUGGCCUUCCGUCCUCCUCCCCACCCUCCUCCCGCAGCCUGGCUCUCAGCACAGCUGCUCGGCCUCCCUGGGGCUGCAGCCUCAGAAGCUACCUCAGGCCUGCGAGGGCGGCCAUAACGCGGAGGGGAUGGGUCUCUUU